AUGGGAACAGAGAUGGAAGUGGAGGUAGAAGGAGGUCCUUCCGGUAUCGGCGGCUUCGGUAUCGUGGCUGCCUCCACUCUCAAGGGGGUGGAAGGUCCUGCUUCGCUCGCCCCGGCCACUUCCGUCCCCUCCCUUCCACCGCCAAAUGUUCGUACCCGAAAUCUCUUAGCAUCAGAACCAGUGGCUAAAUGUGACAUAACAAGUAUUGUACUUGUUAAUCCAGGGUCUGGCAUCAGAGUCAAUAACCUCGCAAUACAGAUCCAUUAUAGGGCAAAGGAUACUUCGCCCGAACUCUCAGGUUGGCAAUACCGUUGGCAAUACUUGGCUGAUGGUACGUAG